CGGAGUCUGUAAAAAUUGCUCAAAAAGCACACCCUCAAAAAAAAAAAAGACACACAUUCCUUUUUUUCUCUCACUGUCUCUCUCUCCUCCGGUCUCUUCCAUUCCACCCCCCACACCUUAAAAGGGAGCAAGCUCAGUCGCCGUGAAAUCGCAAGUUUCCUCACUUUUCUCCUGCUUAUUUUACUGUCUUUUUAGCUCGGUUUUUUUGCUUUGUUUUUAGGAUAAGAAUUUCAAGGGGGAUUUUGCGGAGGAAUCAAGGCUGUGUACCAAAUGUCGGGAGGUAUAGCGCGUGGUCGUCUCACUGAAGAACGCAAGGCCUGGCGUAAGAAUCAUCCUCAUGGUUUUGUGGCUAAGCCGGAGACGCUUCCAGAUGGUUCUGUGAAUUUGAUGGUUUGGCAUUGCACCAUCCCUGGGAAGGCCGGGACUGACUGGGAAGGUGGUAGCUACCCUCUUACUCUUUACUUCAGUGAAGAUUAUCCAAGUAAACCACCAAAGUGUAAAUUCCCUCAGGGGUUCUUUCAUCCUAAUGUGUAUCCAUCUGGAACUGUCUGCUUGUCAAUCCUCAAUGAGGAUAGUGGUUGGAGGCCAGCUAUUACUGUGAAGCAAAUUUUAGUUGGCAUCCAGGACUUGUUGGAUCAACCAAAUCCUGCUGAUCCUGCACAAACUGAUGGAUAUCACCUUUUUAUUCAGGUGAUUUUGGCAUUCUUUGUGACCUGUUUUAUUAAUUAAAUCAAUGUCUCUCACUUAAGCACAUAUCAGAGUAAUAAGGACUUCACUGUUAUUGCAAUGUUUUAACAUGCUGUCUUCAAUUAUUUCACUAGUAGACUUUCUUGUGUAUCAACUAAUUGGUUUGCCAUUCAUUUGAAACUGUUUGUACAUGUAAGCAAUCUGAUUAUAACUCACCAAUCUGUUUGGCUCGUAUAUUUCAUUAUGUUCAAAUUAAGAUGAAUGAAUCAUGCGAAAGUUGCUUUACACCAAUUUCAUGCUUUAAAAAUUUUGCUUAAUAGAUGUCAAGUCCAUGCUUCUGUUCUCUUCGAUGAUAAGUGUCACAGUUCCAAAAUAUGUGGGGAGUACAUGCUCUGGGAGUGGGGAUGUGAAUUAAUUUGAUUUUGUCUUAUUCUUCACUCAACUUUAGCUAUGCAUACAGCUAGUUAUGUGUAGUUGCAAAGCUUUGUAAUAGUUUUUCCUAAGUUGCGAAGAUAUGCUGUAUUGGUUGCAUAAUUCUGUUAUAAAAGGGAUACCUUACUGUUGGUGAUAUGACUGCCUACUCAAUUAUUAUUAUGUGUGUGCAGGAUGUCACAGAGUAUAAGAAGAGAGUUCGACAGCAGGCCAAGCUGUACCCCCCGCUUAUCUAAUAGGGCAUUCCGUUUCAGUUGUUAAUGAUUGUUUUUUUAAGUGAAUUUGCUAGAAACUGUAACUUGGAAGGGUUAUGCUUGAACUUCACUAACGUUGAUGAUAUGUGGCGUGAACCAUUUUGGCCAAAUAGGCUGUUGUUGGUGCUUCUGUUCAUUUGAAUACACUCUUGGUGGUGCAUUUGUACUCUAGUAAGUAGUAUUCGCUUGCUAUAUUUUGCUUAAAGUGAACUAAGGCUUUCAUAAUGCAACAAAGUUUGCCAUGUUGAGAUCAUUUACGUACUCGGACAAGUUCUCACUUCCAAAAUGCUCCCUCUGGCCGUAAUUUUUAUAAAUCGAACUUUGAGCAAUACCAAAGGCGCGUAAAUCGUAACAUCCAAAGGUUUCAACUUUCAUGUGUGUACUCCAUCCAGAGCAAGGCAAUGAAUACACCCUUCCAGGCAUUGAGAUCCAUACUGCAUACAAAACA